AUGCAGUCUGCUGUUCUGUUGCUCGCUGCCGCUGGUGCCGCUUCGGCCCAGCUCAUUACCACCUCAGAGCCCUCUCUCACUGACAUUGAGGCUGCUGCUGCCACCGUGGUGCCCUCCUCCCCGGUCUCCAACGUCCAGGGUCUCGCUUUCAAGAACUUCUACCAGAUCUGGUUGGAGAACAUUGACUAUACCAAUGCUUCCGAUGACAGCAACCAGAAGUACUUGGCCUCCAAGGGUAUUACCUUGACCAACUUCUGGGCCGUCUCUCACCCUUCCGAGCCCAACUAUGCCGCCACUGCUGCUGGUGACUUGUUCGCUAUGGACAACGACGACUUCAUCCAAAUCCCUGCGAACGUUUCCACCGUCGUGGAUCUUUUGGACACCAAGGGAAUCUCUUGGGGUGAAUACCAGGAGCAUCUUCCCUACGCUGGUUUCCAGGGCUUCAAUUACUCCAACCAGCAGACCCAUACCAACGACUACGUCCGAAAGCACAACCCUCUUAUCCUCUAUGACAACGUUGCCGGAAAUGCUUCCCGUGCUUUGCAGAUCAAGAACUUCACCAGCUUGUGGUCUGACAUUCAGAAGAAUACCCUUCCCCAGUGGGCUUUCAUUACCCCCAACAUGACCAACGAUGCCCACGACACCAACAUCAGCUUCGCUUCCACCUGGGAACGCAACUUCGUUGAGAAGCUCGAGAACUCCACUGACUUCUGGAACGAGUCCCUCAUCUUGCUUACCUUCGACGAGACUGGUGACUACCCCAUCCACAACAAGGUCUUCUCCGUCCUCCUCGGUGGUGCCGUCCCCACUGAGUUGAUUGGCACUUCUGAUGACACUUUCUAUACCCACUACUCCACCUUGGCCACCGUUCAGGCCAACUGGGGUCUUCCUUCUCUUGGUCGCUGGGACUGCGGUGCCAACAUCUUCGAGAUUGUCUCCAACAAGACCGGAUACACCAACUACAAGGUCGACACCACCAACUUGUACCUCAACUCCAGCUUCAUUGGUCCUCUUUCUACCAACAACAUGGCCAACUACUCCUCCGUCUGGCCCGCUCCUGCCACCGGUAACCAGACUUGCUCUGCUGGUCACGGUAUUCUUGACGCUGUCAAGUCUACCUGGGGUGCUCUUGCUCCUACCUACAACUACACCAGCCCCUUCCCCUUCGACACCGUUUCUGGCAAGGACACUAACGUUGCUUUCUCCCGUAACGGUACCACUUGGGUCUCUGGUGUUAACAACACUGCUUUGACCACCAAGACCUCCAACUCUACCGGCACUACCACCGGCACCAGCACCGGCUCUUCUUCUACCUCCUCUACCGGUGCUGCCUCCAUGAACGGUGCUUCCGGUGUCUUGGCUCUUGCUGCCGGUGCCGUCUUGGCUUUCGCUUUGUAA